GGGAUGCUGAUCGGUUGAGGAGCUGCUGCUAUUGUUCUUUUUUCUUUUGUGACUUUGAUGGACGGACAGAAAGACAAUCUGAUCUGGACCUGCUGAGACACGACGGCUCAGUGAUCACCGACAGCUACAGUGGAGAUGGGCUGUCUGGGAGGGAAGACGGAGGAAGAACGUUUGGAUGAAAAAGCGAAACGAGAAGCCAACAAGAAGAUCGAGAGACAGCUGCAGAAAGAGAGACAGGCUUAUAAAGCUACACACAGACUGUUACUGCUGGGUGCAGGAGAAUCAGGUAAAAGCACGAUCGUGAAGCAGAUGAGGAUCCUUCAUGUGGACGGUUUUAACGCUGAAGAGAAGCAGCAGAAGAUUCAGGACAUCAGGAAGAAUGUGAAGGACGCCAUCGUGACCAUCGUGGCAGCCAUGGGCACACUGACUCCACCCGUUCCUCUGGGCAACCCUGGUAACCAAUUCAGACUCGACUACAUCAAGAGCAUCGCACCACUGUCCGACUUCGAAUACACAGAGGAGUUCUUUGAGCAUGCUCAGAAGCUGUGGGAGGACGACGGUGUGAAGGCGUGUUUUGAACGUGCCAACGAAUAUCAGCUGAUCGACUGCGCUCAGUACUUCCUGGACAGGUUGGAUUCAGUCAGGAGGACGGACUACACACCUAAUGACCAGGAUUUGUUGCGCUGCAGAGUUUUGACUUCUGGGAUUUUUGAAACCAGGUUUCAGGUCGACAAGGUCAACUUCCACAUGUUUGAUGUGGGUGGUCAGCGAGAUGAACGCAGGAAGUGGAUCCAGUGCUUUAAUGAUGUGACGGCCAUCAUCUUCGUAGCAGCAAGCAGCAGCUACAACAUGGUGAUCAGAGAGGACAACUCCACCAAUCGGCUGCGAGAAUCUCUAGACCUCUUCAGAUCCAUCUGGACCAACAGGUUUCUGAAGACCAUCUCAGUGAUCUUAUUCCUGAACAAACAGGACGUGCUCGCUGACAAGAUUCUGGCUGGAAAAUCCAAACUGGAGGAUUACUUCCCUGAAUACAACAACUACCAAGUACCUGCUGAAGCUGUCCCAGACGCUGAUGAAGACCCCCGCGUGACCAGAGCCAAGUUCUUCAUCAGAGACGAGUUUCUGAGGAUCAGCACAGCGAGUGGUGAUGGGAAACAUUACUGUUACCCUCACUUCACCUGCGCCAUUGACACCGAGAACAUUCGCCGCGUCUUCAAUGACUGUCGUGACAUCAUCCAACGCAUGCACCUGAGGCAGUACGAGCUGCUCUGAUUGGCCAGUGAAGAAGCUGAUCUGAUGUCUUAUCAAUACUGAUAGAUCCUGAUCGAUUUACUCUUUCUCUGUUCUGUCACAGACAUUUAUCACUGCAGCAGUUACUGAUCGUGACAGACUCGGAGAAUGUGUCUUUUUUGUCCGCUGUGCCCGUCUGGUGCAGGGGAUUGUGGGUAGUGUAGUUCUGUCUGUUGAGAGGAGCACAGGAUGUUUAGUUUCCUGUCGUUGCCGCGGCAACAGUCAUAUGGGACAGGUUUAGAAAAGUAAAAGCUUACAAAGGCUCAAAAACAAAAUUUGAAUUUAAAUAUAUUUUUUCAUGUUUCUGAACUUGUUACAGUUUAUUAUUAUUAUUAUUGUUAAUCUUUUUCCUGAUUGGCUGCCGUACAGUCUGAUGUCACUUUAUGACUGAAU